UUAGUGCCUUUCUUACUGCGCAGCUGAUUGCGGUUCUGCGCAUCUACUGACGACGAACACUUUAAGGCCCGCGGAUGCUUUCCAUCAGGCAUGAGACUCAUGAUUUCGGCGUUUUUUGGGAAGGUUAAGACAACGCCAGCGGAUCUGAGAGCUGAGAGGGAGCAAGGUGAUGUGGUCUCUCCCUCUCUAAUGCCAGAAUGAGAACGUACACCCGUGGGGCACCAACUGUGUUCUUUAUAAGUGCACUUUGGAUUCUAGUAUCCCCAGCUCUGGCUGAAGUGGACCCCAGCGGAGGCAUUCCGUUCCUUGGAGGGAACUACGAGGGAACUCAUCCCAUGCUGUACUUCGGCCGGGCAGAGGUUGAGGAACUGCAGCGGGCGGCAGUGGGGACGCACAAAGCUUUGGCCCGACAGAUCCGGGAGGCUGGGGAGGCCAUACUGGAGCGACCGGAGGAGUAUCUGCCCCCUUGGAACCCUGCUGAGUUUAGUGCCCGCUGGAAUGAAGUGUAUGGGAACAACUUAGGCCUGCUCUCUAUGUUCUGCCUACUGUACCCGCAUCGUGCCGGUGCACUGGAUGUAGCCAAGGAAUACAUGGAGCGCAUGGCUGCACAGCCCAACUGGAUGGUGAAAGAUGCUCCGUGGGAUGAGGUUCCGAUAGCUCACUCUCUGGUUGGCUUUGCUACAGCAUAUGACUUCCUGUACGAGUACCUCAGUAAAGUACAGCAAGAACAUUUCCUGCAGGUGAUUGGAAAUGCUUCACGCUACAUGUAUGAGAAAUCUUACCACCGUGGCUGGGGAUUUCAGUACCUCCACAAUCACCAACCCACCAACUGUGUUGCUCUUCUGACUGGCAGCCUUGUGGUCAUGAACCAAGGAUACCUCCAGGAAGCAUACCUCUGGACAAAACAGGCUCUUGCCAUCAUGGAAAAGUCUAUGGUGCUUCUUCAAGAUGUGACUGAUGGGUCUCUGUACGAGGGUGUGGCCUAUGGAACUUACACCACUCGUUCACUCUUUCAGUACAUGCAUUUGGUACAGAGGCACUUUGACAUUGGCCACUUCAGUCAUCCCUGGCUGCACAAACACUUUGCAUUCCUCUACAGGACAGUGUUGCCUGGUUUUCAGAGAACUGUUGCUAUCGCAGAUUCCAACUAUAACUGGUUCUAUGGGCCAGAAAGUCAGUUGGUCUUUUUGGAUCGGUAUGUCAUGCGAAAUGGCAGCGGGAAUUGGCUGGCUGAGGUAAUCAGACAGAAUCGAGUUCUGGAGGGCCCAGGACAGGCAGGCAGGGGUCAGCGCUGGUGCACACUGCACACAGAAUUCCUAUGGUAUGAUGCCAGUCUACAACCCACCCCACCUCCUGAUUAUGGUACGUCGCACCUCCAUUAUUUUGAAGACUGGGGAGUGGUGACCUAUGGAAGUGCCCUACCUGCUGGGAAAAACCGCACAUUUCUGUCCUUUAAGUCGGGGAAGCUUGGGGGACGUGCUAUUUUUGACAUUGUUCACCAAAACAAAUACAAAGACUGGAUCAAAGGGUGGCGUAACUUUAACGCGGGCCACGAGCACCCGGACCAGAACUCCUUUACCUUCGCUCCGAAUGGAGUCCCGUUUAUCACAGAGGCAUUGUAUGGUCCCAAAUACACCUCUCUCAACAAUGCCGUCAUGUUCGGGCCUGCUGUGUCUGAGAGCUGCUUUGCACCAUGGGAAGGCCAAGUUACUGAGGCUUGUAACUCUAAAUGGCUUAAGUAUAAGCACGGUCAAGCAGCAGACUGCCAAGGGCAGGUGGAGGCGGCUCUGGAGCGACAGGGCAUGGUGUUUAUUCGUGGGGAGGGUCAAGGCGCUUACAACCCCGAACUGAAGAUUAAAAGUUUUCAAAGGAACUUGCUGCUGCUUCAUCCUGAGUUGCUGCUCAUGGUAGACCACAUUCAGUUGCAUUCAGGCAGCCCGACACGCAGCAUGAGCGCUUUCUUCCACAACACGGACAUGCCGUUUCAGAAAACCCAAGUCGAUGGAGUUCACGGUGCUGUGAUCACACACGGAAGCGAAACGUCCAAGAUGUUCUGGUUGGAUGAUGCGGGCGGCAGUGAAAUGGGAACAGUGGGAUAUAGGAGCUACCCCCGCGGAUACCCCUAUAAUGGUUCAAACUAUGUGAACGUGACUAUGCCGCUGAGGUACCCUACCAGCAGAGUGGCCUACAUCAUCUUUGGAUCCGGAGUGGAUGUGCAGAGUUUCAGCGUGCACGGAGACUCGGAAACACUGGACAUCUAUCUGGCCACCGGGGAUCACACCUACACCAUCUAUCUGUUCACAGAUGUGGUGCCCACCAAGCCUAUGGCCAUGGUGUUAAUGGACCAAAAGAAAGUAGUGUUUGAAAGGACAGCAGGGACAAAUGAGCAGCCCUUGGAGGAAGUAGAGGAAUACGUUAAUGUUGUGGAGGACAAUCUGCAGCAUGUCAAACCAGUCUUCCAGCAGCUGGAGAGGCACAUUCUUUCACGGGUUCUUAACACGGACAGUUUCCACAAAACUGCUGAGCGCCUCCUAAAGUCUUCAGACAAGAAAAAGACACCAGGGACUAUUGAGAAGAUGUUUUCUCGAUCUAAGAAGCAGGGGAAGGGGAAGGGGAAGGGAGGCAAGAAGGCGAGCUUUUCCGAUAGCCUCCCUGAUAUCUUUUCUCAGAUUGAGGUGAGGGAGAAGAAGGAGAGGCAGAGGACGAUGAAACGUGUCUAUGAGGAGGUUCCAGAGGAGGCCGACGGGGACUCGAGGGCAUUCAUUGAAUACAGUGAUUUACGAAAGGGCAAAAAAGUGGGGUUUGUAAAGGGGCGGAAAUUCAAAGAAGUACGAGUGGGGGCUACGGCAGAGAGUGACAAUAUGUUUAACGCCACCUCAUACAUUCGCCUUUUCCUUAUUUUAAAUAUAGCCACUUUCUUUGUCCUGCUGGCGGUGCUGUUGACGCGCUUUCAGAGGGCGCAGAGUUUGCAUACGCAGCGCUGCCUCUACUGCGUCCUCCUCAUAGACAGCUUCAUCCUGCUCUGUCUGUACUCUUCCUGCUCUCAGACGCAGUGCUGACAUCAUCACUGUGAGACGAUCAGACUGGUGCAAUAUACCAGCCCUUCGCCCAAGUGUUGACACCAACACUGUGGCAGAAUAUCCCUGUUUGCAGCAGCAGUGCAUCCAAGUGAGGCAUCAUCCGUGUUGGGACAUGGCUCCUUCUCACAGGCACAGUCACAUCAUUAUUGUGAGACACAUGAAAGUAUGUCUAUCCAGCUGCAGUAAAUUCAGCACUCAUUCUGAGCCAUUGUUAGCAAACAGGUUCCUGGGAGAAGUUGAUUCCAUAUAGGAAUUAAAGGGUGUUGCGAAGAUAUCCAGCCCACCUCAAAUGAAAAGCUUUUGUGGAGCUUUAAAAUAGUUUACAUGAACUUUGUCUUGAAGUAAAGAGCCCUGCACAUGACAUAAUGAAGAAAAAAUAAAAAAAAUGAGGGAAGAAAUGAACAAAAUAAUAAGUUGUGAGAACAAAUUCCUAAAUCGUGGCCAUGGCAUCUAUUUUUUUCUUGUACAUUGUUUCAUGUGCGGGGCUCUGUAUUGAAGUGGGACUCUCCAUGGCCUCCCACUAUUAUCCGAAUUAAUUGCAAGCUAUGCACAUUUGGUAACAACAUGGACUAUCUUUCAUCUUAAAAUGUGUAAAAUGUAUAUAUGUUGAAGCAAAGUAUAUUUUUUGGAUGUUGUUUCAUACUCUUGUAUAAAAAGGCAACUACAGAAAUGUGUAUUUUAGUUUCUGAUGAUUUCUUUAUAAUUACAUGUAGUAAAUGCACAUUUAAGCAGACCUUUUAUCAGGGAAUUUUAACAACAUGAUUUCCACAGUAGUAGAAAGUAAUAAAAUUUUGAAAUGACAUUGACAUUUCUGUAGUGAA